AGCAAUCACAUCCCAGACAGAGCUCAAAAUUGACAGAAAGAGUCGAGGCCGGGACACAGGCUGAGAUCUGGAAGAGGAGACUGAAAAGAACAGAGACUCCAAACAAGACCCAGAGAGACCCCGGGUGACAGCCUCAGAGUGGGGUCCUUCUGCUGACGAAGACCAGAGAUCAGAAAUGAAACGAGGCAUGAGCAGGGGCUGCAUGGCAGUGCUGGUGCUGAUGGCCACAGUGCUGACUGUCACUGGAGCAGUUCCUGUCACCAGGCCCCCCAGGGCCCUCCCGGAUGCAAGGGGCUGCCACAUAGCCCAGUUCAAGUCUCUGUCCCCACAGGAGCUGCAAGCCUUUAAGAGAGCCAAAGAUGCCUUAGAAGAGUCGCUUCUGCUGAAGGACUGCAGGUGCCGCUCCCGCCUCUUCCCCAGGACCUGGGACCUGAGGCAGCUGCAGGUGAGGGAGCGCCCCGUGGCCUUGGAGGCUGAGCUGGCCCUGACGCUGGAGGUUCUGGAGGCCACCGCUGACAAUGACAUGGCCCUGGGUGACGUCCUGGACCGGCCCCUUCACACCCUGCACCACGUCCUCUCCCAGCUCCGGGCCUGUGUCCAGCCUCAGCCCACGGCAGGGCCCAGGCCCUGGGGUCGCCUCCACCACUGGCUGCACCGGCUCCAGGAGGCCCCAAAAAAGGAGUCCUCUGGCUGCCUGGAGGCCUCUGUCACCUUCAACCUCUUCCGCCUCCUCACGCGGGACCUGAAAUGCGUCGCCAGCGGGGACCUGUGUGCCUGACCUUCCCACCUCCCUGCCACCCAUCAUGCAAUCUGAGAUUUUAUUUAUACAUCAACCACUUGUCUUAAUUUAUUGCCACCCAAUCGCUAUUUAUGUAUUUGUGUAUGUAAACCCAACUCACCUCCGGGAAAAUGUUUAUUUUUCUACUUUUUACAAGGCUUGUUGAAAUAAAGAGUGAGGAAAAGACA